UUCCUUCUGCUCCAGGCUGGUUCUUUUAGCUUGUAUCUGCUCAGGCUCAGUGUGGUUUGAACAGGUCUCACUCAUCUCAUCAGUUAAUGGAUCUUUGGAAAGAUUUCAGCUGGAGAGUGCAUUGGGAAAUGCAGAAAAAAUAAUACAGUUAUAGUGUAUUCAUCUGUAAAGUAUCUGUCUUUAAAGAAUCAUAAGAACAGGCAUACUGGAUCAAACCAGGGAGGAGUCUGGUCCGGUAUUCCAUCUCUGACAGUGGCCAGAAACAGAAGCACUCUUUCUCCCUCCAUCCAUGUUCAACCCAUACUGAGCCAGAUGUUGUUUCUGUGCAUUGAGUUGGUCUCAAGGAGUUUCUCUUCCAUGGACUCAUCCUGGAACCUGCACAGACUCUCAGCAUCCACAACUUCCCAUGGCAAGGAAUUCCCCAGUUCAACUGCAGGCUGUGUGAAGAACCAUCAUUUUCCUUUUCUUAAAACCCAGCUCUUGCUCUCUUCACCUAUUUCUUUUACUGGAAAAGACAGUAAACAAUCAAUCCCUGCCCAUCAUCUUCAACAGCACUCUGAAUUAACACCACAUUAUUAUCUGCUUAUUACAUAUGGUACCUAGAGACCUCUCUAUGCAGGGCAUUGUGUAAAGAUAUGGCUGAAAAAUCAUUUUGCUGCAGUGCUUCCAGUGCAAGCAGUGGGGGCAAGUAAAGGGCAGGAGCCAAGUGUAUUACAGGGGAGCAGUGUGAGCAGCCCGUUCUCAUCACUGGCCUCUUUCUAAAGUUGCCUUUUCCUGUUGCAGCUGGAAAAUGCGGCAGUGCCUCUCAAGCAAUUUUCCUUUUGCUUCUCCUGACGGAGAAGUGGGUCCUGAGCAGGAUGCAGCAGCCAGUGGCUGGUGACAGGAGCACAGCGGUUCCCUCGCAGCACUCACUGAAGCCCAGCCUCGCUGCUGACUCGGCCUGUGCACACCGUCUCCUCGAGGAUCCCGAGUGGUCCCUCGCCACUGUCCCCUGCCUCACCGAGCUCUGCCUCCAGCACAUCGUUCACAAUUUUGAAAAGAACCCUAUUUUGGACCGUCUUUUGCCUGAACACCAAAGGAAAGUACUAGACAGGCUCCCCACUGGCCUUCCACUCGCUAUCACUGCCAACCUAAUAAGUGAUGAGGACUACUGGAAGAGGUGCUGCACCACGCGCUGGCAAGUGUGUGACAUCUCCAGCUACGGAGGCAGCUGGAAAAGGAUGUUCCUCGAACGUCACCUGGAGAACAUCCUGAAAUGUUUCAUCCCCAACACCACGGACCCCAACCAGGUCCUAGAGCUCAUCCCGCUCUGCAAAAACUACGUGCGGAAACUGGAGGUUGACCAGUUCCUGCCACCGUUGGAAGUGGAUCAAAAUGAGGAGAGGGAUGGCCUCUCUAAGUCAGAGAGUGAUAUGGAAUUCAGAGAGGCCUCUGUGCACCACUACGACCUGAGAGUCCUCGUUACUGCUCUCCCUCACCUUGAAGAGCUUCAUCUCACUUACAGUGUGAAGGACUGUGGCAUGAACUUCGAGUGGAACCUCUUUAACUUCACCUACCAGGACUGCUGCAGCCUGGCUGUCGCCGUGAAGAUGUGCCAGAACUUGAAAGUUUUCGAGCUGACGCGAAGCAAAGUGGAUGAUGACAAGACCAGGCUGCUGGUCCACAGCUUGCUGGAUCACCCCUGCCUGGUGGAGCUGAACUUGUCCCACAAUCUCAUCAGGGACAACGGGGCACAAGCUAUUGCCAAGUUGAUCAAACACAGCAAAUUAGAAACCCUCGACCUGUGUAACAACCAGAUCCAUGAUCUGGGGGCUCAGGCUCUUGCUCAAGCCCUGGCAGAGAGCUCCACCCUGACCUCCCUGAAUCUGCGCCUCAACUGUGUGGAGGACAAAGGCGGGGAGGCCAUUGGCCAUGCCCUGCUGACCAACGCCACCCUGCAGUCUCUCCACCUGGGAAGCAAUAAGCUGUCAGAGCCAACCGCCGCACUUUUCUCCCAGGUGCUGGCUCAGAACACCACCCUGACGAGCAUCAACUUGUCAUGCAACCAGCUGGGGAUGGCUGGAUUUCAGUUGCGUGCAAUGUUCCCUUCAUCUCACCAAAUGGAAAAUGGCAUCCAGAUAGGAAACUGCCAGCACUGCGGCUCUUGGCACUGCCAAGAUGAGGAGCAGCACUCUAAUCACAUUGCCAUUUAUCCCCAGCCAGCAGUGUGCGGGGAGCUGGGGGACAGGGGAGAGCAGAGACUCCUCCCAUGGUUAUCAUCACCAGCCAUGCUAUUAACCAGCCUGAGCUUGAGGACUCCUGACAUUGUACCCAGAGGGAGUCAUUAGCAUAUGUCAUAUCACUGAGAGCUGCAUAAGGUUAUACUCUUUCCCUGUACUUCUCUUGUGAGCAACAUUUCGGGCUUGGGUGAAGGCCUUCAUCCCUUUUGGCACCACCUUCCCACUGACUUCCCACUGCCUGCAGCUGAUAUUGCCCUGGGGAGGAGGGCAGGGAAGCAAUACAUGUCACUGUUUGAUCUGCUUUAACCCUCCCUUCUCA